GUCCGUACGAAAUUAAUUUUCAGUCUGUUUGUAUUCUUCUCCUGCUGUAGAUCGUGUGAUUCAAACGCAAAGGAAGAAAGCGUACAUAUACAAACGAAUUGGGAGAUAUUGUUUUGGUACCAAUAUUGAUUGAUUGUUGAUCAACCAUGUCUCAGAAAAGCUCGAAAGCAUCAGCGGAGAAAAACGCGGCGACAUACAAAAUUCUUCAGAAUGCUAAAGUAGGGAGAUACAUGGUAGCUAACAGAGAGUUGGAGGCAGGCGAAGAAAUUGUCACAGAAAUGCCUUUUAUAGUCGGACCAAAGGCAUUCUCGUACUCUUUGUGUCUUUCCUGUUAUGCAUCGUGGCCUCCAUCACUGUACGAUAAACCUCUUUGCUCAAAGUGCGGCUGGCCUGUAUGUUCGGAAAAUUGUGAAAACCAACCGCAACACAAGGAUUACGAAUGUCAGGUAUUUGUACAAGCCAAAGAGAAAUUCAAUGUGCAAGCUGUUUUCGAAGAGAACGAAAAUGGAAUGCCGCAAUUGGAAUGUAUAACUCCGUUAAGAUUGCUUCUAGAAUCAGAGAGAAAUUCUGAAAGGUGGAACAACGAAGUAAAAGACAUGGAAGCUCAUAAUAAAAUAAGAAGUGAGAAAAUGCAGUGGCAAUUGAAUCACGUCAAUAUAGUACUAUACAUAAGGAACCAACUUAAAUUAAACAGAUUCUCAGAAGAACAAAUUCAUACAGCUUGUGGAAUUCUGGAAAUCAAUGCUUUCGAGAUUCGAACAGCAAAUGGAUGUACCGCGAGAGCACUUUAUCCAAUAGUGGCUCUGAUGAACCAUUCGUGUGUCUCAAACACAUGUCACAGUAUUUCACCGACUGAUUAUAGAAUACGAUUACGUACUACACUGAAAAUUCCUGCUGGUGGUGAACUUUACGGACGUUACACGCAUUCGCUACUUCCUACGAUGUUGAGAAGAGAACAACUUCUCGAAACAAAAUAUUUCGCCUGUGCCUGUCCAAGAUGUUCAGAUCCUACCGAACUUGGAACACAUAUGUCUACGUUGAAAUGCAAUAAGUGUGAUAACGGGAUUAUAUUAUCUUUAGAUUCUUUGGAUCCAGAAAGUUCAUGGAAAUGUACUUAUUGUAACUUUAUGACGACUGGAGCAGCCGUUCGAAAAGUAUUGCUGAUCAUACAAGAAUCAGUGAAUGCAGUGGAGAUCAUUAGCGGUGCUGAGGGAGCUGACGCUAUUCAAGCGAGGGAGACAGUGAUAAAAAAAUAUCGUUCAGCUCUACAUCCCCGACAUGCUUUCCUCACAACAUUGAGAUAUUCGUUGUCACAAAUGUAUGGUCGUGUGGACGAAUAUCUCUUAGAUGAUUUACCCGAUAUUGUAUUAGAACACAAAAUCGAUAUGUGUAGGUUAUUACUUCAAGUCUUCGACGUCAUAGAACCUGGCUAUUCUCGUAUAAGAGGAAUGACCUUGUACGAACUCCAUGCCCCUUUACUUUUUACCGCUAAAACAUUGUGGAAUGCCGGAGUAAUCGAUGAAGCCAUCCUAAAAUCGAAAAUGAUAGAUGCUUCUACCAUCUUGAAGGAAGCUGCAUUAAUUUUGUGCUUAGAACCACCAGAUACAUCAGAGGGUAAAAUAGGCAUCGCCGCUAAAGAAUCUCUGGCUGAACUCGAAGAAUCGAUAAACAAUUUGUACACUGCAGUUCCCACGUUGAAAUAUAAAGUUUGUUAUUCAGACAAAUUGGGCAGAUAUUUACAGGCAGCAACGGAUUUACAGCCAGGCGAAGUGAUAUUUCGAGAAGAACCGAUUAUUGUUGGACCAUUGGUUAUCAAUAAACAUCCGGUAUGCUUCGCAUGUAUGAAUCUCUUGCAACUAUAUGAAGAAGAAGAUCAUUAUUUUUGUACGAAAUGCAACGUCGCUCCUCUGUGUGGUAGUGCUUGCGAGGAACGCUCGAUACAUCAUACACCGGACGAAUGUGAACUCUUCCGAACUACUGAAGACAUAGCGAAGAAAAAUUUACAUCAUAUUCUCAAAUAUAUUAACGGUAUAUUAUUGAUUAUAAGAUUUUGGCUCUUACAAAAAAGAGAUCCGGAAUUAUGGGAACGAGCCAGAUCUAUGGAAGCUCAUUUAGAGAAAAGAAGAGGCACAACAGAGUGGAAAGACAGAGAAAUGAAUAUUAUAAAUGUUAUGAAAUCACUUAAUUUAGUUCCUCAUGACGAUCCAUCUGUUUCGGAAGUUCUUCAACUAAUGUGCGCAAUUAUAGAUGUUAAUUCUAUCGAGCUUAGGCCUCCAGGAAAUAUAGAGAGAGUUUAUUUACAAGGUUUAUUUGCGGACACCUCUUUGCUCUCUCACGACUGCAGAGGAAACCUUCAUCUAACUAUGGAUAGCAAAUUUAAGCUAACUGUAUAUGCCAGUGUACCAAUUAAAGAAGGCGAUAUCAUUUGCUUUAGUUAUACUUCGCCUUUUUUGGGAACAUUAUCUCGGAGACUACAUUUAAGAAUGACAAAAUAUUUCGAUUGCAAUUGCUCAGUGUGUAGAGAGCCAUAUGAAUUGGGAUCAUAUGUUAGCGCUAUUUUGUGUCCACGAUGCAGAAAAGGUUACUUGGGAAUGGAAGAUCCUUUGGUAGAGUUUCCAUACGAAAAGAAAUGGAAAUGCAACAAUUGCGAACACCACAUGGCAGGAUAUCUUGUCAAAACCACUUUAAAUCUAUGCAAAUUAUUGGUCAAAGAAGACAUUAGGGAUGCUAAAGAGCUAGAGAGUUUAAGGAGGAAAUUAUUGAGAACUCUCCAUCGAAAUCAUUAUUACAUACUAGAGGUGAAGCAAAAGUUGUUGGCUAUUUAUAGAUUCGAAGUGACAAGGCCAAAUCCAAAUAAAAGAUUUCUGGAGAAUAUGUUGAGUAUAUGUAAAGAAAUGUACGAAUUGCUGGAAGUUGUUGAACCAGGAAUAUCUCGAUAUAAAGCAAUAACGCUAUUCGAAUUGCACUUAGCAAUAGUAGCGUUAGCGCAUAAAGAGUAUUAUAGACAAGAAAUUUCGGCAAUAGAAUUUGCUUCGCGCCUUGAAGAAGGCGCAAGUACAUUGAAGAAGUCCCUAACUAUGCUCCUUUUGGAGCCACUGGACACUGCAGAAGGGAGAUUGGCUAAAAAAGGUUUAGAAAAAUUAAAGACACUAAAUGAGACUAUAAAUAACGUUAAGGCUGUGACUGAAUUUGCACAACUUACUAUUCGUGGAAGAAGAAAAUUACAGAAAAAUAAAUAAAGGAAAACAAAUAGACAAUGGAUAUGAAGUAUCUUUCAUCAUUAACAAUGAUGAUUAUUACACAAUAUUAAUUUUUUUUUCAUUAUGUGACAAUGUACAUAAAACAAUAUUAGUAAUUUAAAUAAGAAAAAUUUUUAAUGAUUUCAUACUAUUUCGAACAUUAUAUGUAUAUAACUCUAGUGAUCAAAAAUGUCACUAUAUUAAUCCAAUAGUAUCGCAGAAUAAAUUAUAUCAUUCUUAUU